AUGUAUGACAGCAUGUCCACAAUGGUGUACAUAAAGGAAGACAAAUUGGAGAUUACUCAAGAUGAAAUCAUUUCUAAGACAAAACAAGUAAUUCAGGGGCUGGAAGCGCUGAAGAAUGAGCACAACUCCAUUUUACAGAGUUUGCUGGAGACGCUAAAGUGCUUGAAGAAGGAUGACGAGAGCAACCUGGUGGAGGAGAAAUCCAACAUGAUCCGCAAGUCCUUGGAAAUGCUGGAGCUUGGCCUGAGCGAGGCGCAGGUGAUGAUGGCUUUGUCAAAUCACCUGAAUGCUGUUGAGUCGGAGAAACAGAAACUGCGUGCACAGGUUCGUCGUCUGUGCCAGGAGAAUCAGUGGCUGCGGGAUGAACUGGCCAACACACAGCAGAAGUUACAGAAGAGUGAGCAGUCUGUGGCUCAGCUGGAGGAAGAAAAGAAGCACCUGGAAUUCAUGAACCAGCUAAAGAAAUACGAUGAUGACAUCUCCCCCUCGGAGGACAAAGACACUGAUUCUACCAAAGAGCCUCUGGAUGAUCUCUUCCCAAACGAUGAGGACGACCCAGGUCAAGGAAUCCAGCAGCAACACAGCAGCGCUGCCGCUGCUGCCCAGCAGGGUGGCUACGAGAUCCCUGCCCGGCUGCGCACGCUCCACAACCUGGUGAUCCAGUAUGCUUCGCAGGGGCGCUACGAGGUGGCUGUUCCACUUUGCAAGCAGGCCCUUGAAGACCUGGAGAAGACCUCAGGCCAUGACCACCCUGACGUAGCCACCAUGCUCAACAUCCUGGCCCUGGUGUACAGGGACCAGAACAAAUACAAAGAUGCAGCUAAUCUACUGAAUGAUGCUUUGGCUAUCCGUGAGAAAACUCUGGGCAAAGAUCAUCCCGCGGUGGCAGCAACUCUGAACAACCUUGCUGUGCUGUACGGUAAACGAGGGAAGUAUAAAGAAGCUGAGCCUUUGUGUAAAAGAGCCCUGGAAAUCAGAGAAAAGGUUCUGGGAAAGGAUCACCCUGAUGUUGCCAAGCAGUUAAAUAACUUGGCCUUACUGUGCCAGAACCAGGGCAAGUAUGAAGAAGUAGAAUAUUACUAUCAAAGAGCCCUUGAGAUCUACCAGACGAAACUGGGACCUGAUGACCCCAAUGUAGCCAAGACAAAAAAUAACCUGGCAUCCUGCUAUCUGAAACAAGGAAAGUUCAAGCAAGCAGAAACACUGUACAAAGAGAUUCUCACUCGUGCACAUGAACGGGAGUUUGGUUCUGUGGAUGAUGAAAAUAAGCCUAUUUGGAUGCACGCUGAAGAAAGAGAAGAGUGCAAAGGAAAGCAGAAGGAUGGGACAUCGUUCGGAGAGUAUGGUGGCUGGUACAAAGCCUGUAAAGUUGAUAGUCCGACUGUUACAACUACUUUGAAAAACCUUGGAGCACUUUACAGACGUCAAGGGAAAUUUGAAGCUGCAGAAACAUUAGAAGAAGCUGCCAUGAGAUCACGUAAACAGGGUCUUGACACUGUUCACAAACAGAGAGUGGCUGAAGUACUAAAUGAUCCUGAGAACAUGGAGAAGCGGAGGAGCCGGGAGAGCCUCAACACGGACGUGGUCAAGUACGAGAGUGGUCCUGACGGAGGGGAGGAAGAUGGCACUGGAUCUUUAAAACGCAGUGGUUCCUUUAGCAAACUCCGGGCUUCCAUUAGACGCAGCAGUGAGAAGCUGGUUAGGAAGCUGAAGGGAGGAAGUUCACGGGACAGUGAGCCAAGGAACCCUGGGGCAUCCCCAGCAGAGCUUGUGUGUGUGGAAAACGACAGCAGCAGCCUAGAAGACGCUAGCACUAACUGACCCAGGCCUGGCUUGCUUUAGGACGCCAGGACACUGCUGCUGUGUGUGACCCCGGAGCUGGCCCUGUGACGGUCAGGGCGAGGCUGGGAGGGCCCUUGGCCGGGAGCCUGCAGCGCUAAUUUAAUUUCUCCUGACCAUGUGCUGUGGAGCACAAUACUGAUAACCGUACCACUAGCAAGGCCUAGGAGAGCACUGCUCAGCCAGUUAUGCUGGGGGCCUAGGGUGCCCCAGCAUCCCUGAAGGGACAGCAGAUGAGCGUGACCCUGCCCUCUUCCUGGGAGCCCCAUGUGGAUGGGACACAUGUGUCCUAUAUCUACUUGGGCCUCCCUGUGCCAUUUGUUUUAGUUCCCCACGUUGUGUGUGAUAUUGUAUUUUAUUGUAAAUUUUUUAAAAUUAAAAGUUUAUAUGCUUUAUCCUUGACUUGAAUGAAUGAAAAUCUUUAUAGAACAACUCUUAAAAGUGGGCUCUGGGUCUGGGGGGAUGGCUCAAGUGGUAGAGCUCCUGCCUAGCAAGUGUGAGGCCCUGAGUUCAAACCCCAGUAUGCCCACUUCCCCUCUGCCUGCCAAAAAAGAAGUUGGACUCUGCCACAGCAAUGCCCUGAGUAGGUUGUGUAUGGAGGGCACUCCCUGCACCUGAGUUGUUAUUUGUGUAUUUAU